CGGAAUUGGCCUAGACAAUCGACCUACUCUGUCUCUCCCCUUGAUUAUCCAAAGUUCCUGGCGAAGAUGUCGUCGACUUCCCAAUCCUCCAACAGCGGUAAAGUACCCGAAAAUCGAGAUACUGGAUAUAUACGGGGAAACGAUACCUGGACACAAUGGCGCAAUAUCUUCGCCAUCCUUGCGGGGAAAAUGACAGAUGAAGGGAAGGAACAAUUCCGCGUUUCGCGAGACAUCCGAAAUGAGGCCACCGAUUGCAAACGAUGCGAAGACCAGCGAGACUUUUUGUUUCAGUUUAGUCCAAUAAUCCGUUAUUUGAGCGACAAUAUUCGACAACUUGGGGGUGACCUGUCCAGCCAUAACGUAUAUUGCCGUCGAUGCACUAAUCGAAAAGCGGGGGGGUUCGAUCCGGAAUUUGGUAUUCUGCUUUGCGCAAACGAAAUGAAGGACCAGGGACACUUGGAAGAUACAAUGGCCCAUGAGAUGGUCCACGCGUAUGAUCAUCUGAGGUUCAAGGUUGACUGGGCGACCAAUCUGAGACACGCAGCCUGUACCGAGAUUCGAGCAAGUUCACUUAGUGGAGAAUGCCGGUGGGCACGGGAGUUUUUUCGGAGGGGCCAGUGGAAUUUUACACAACAACAUCAAGAGUGUGUAAGAAGAAGAGCUAUGUUGUCAGUACAGGCAAGGCCAGGAUGCAAGGAUGAAGCCCACGCGGAAAAGGUGGUGAAUGAAGUUUGGGACAGCUGUUUCAGAGACACCCGCCCCUUUGAUGAGAUUUAUCGAUGAUGUUACGGUGUUGACUAUGCUCCUGUCUUGUGGUACACGAGUUUGAGCUCUAUCAUAUUCAACGUAUAAAGUGGAAAAGACAUAUAUUGACACCAGUCAAUAAACCUAGUGCUACGAAGGGCUGGGGACCACAAAGGAUUAACUCGGAAAUACUCAACUCAUGCGUUGAAAGAAUCUAGGCGAGAUACCAUAUUGAAAAAAACACAGGUACACAUUGAAAAGGGGGGGGAUGUUAGGCAGAAGGAACUUGCGAAUAGAGUGCACCUCUUAACACCAAAUGCGCCUGCAAUGCAUGGAAACCGCAUCAUGGCUUAGAUUCCUUGGAUGAUGAACCAGAACUCCGUUUCAUAAUUCGAUCUUCUUUAACACAGUGUUUCAGGAUCCAGGGAUGU